AUGGCGUCCCAAGUAAAGCCCCCCACCACUGGGGGGAGUCCUCCGCAGAGCGUGGAGAAGAUCACUCGAAUUGCCCAAGACUAUCCAUACAACCCUGCCAUCGCACUACGAUACUGGCUGCGGACUGCUUCCACCCUGAUGCGAGAGGCUCAAAUCUACGAACGCGAGGGACACGACGAGCAAGCCUACCUCCUCCUCUUCCGACAUGCCCAGUUGGUCCUGGUACACCUAUCAAAGCAUCCCGAUGCCCAGAAAGAUGACAAAGAUCGACAGGCCUUGGUUAAAGCUGAGAAAGAAGUCGAGAAAAAUCUCACCAAGUUGGAAGCCCUCAAACCGCGGAUAAACAAGCGCUACGAACGGUACACGCAGCUCCUGCGAGAACGUCAGUCCAGGAAGCUGUCCUCAGAGUCGAGCGUACUGCCUGAGCCGAGCGAGCGAGUCACUGAUCCCGCCUUGACUGGAGUUGCCGAACCGUUGGAAGCAGGCGAAAAUCGCGAUCUUGCGGUUCGGCUGGCGCACUCGGAGCUCAACCGAAGAGCGACCAUUCGGAGUCGUCGUGCGGCUGGGGAUUGGGGCGACUGGGAGAAUGCCUAUAAAACGGAGCCCCGGUCUGCUGAUCAGGACUUGAGCCAGCGGAUUCAAAACAUCAGAAAUAACCUAGAUAAUAAGGGUUCCAUCAGCCAGUCGCACCGUCGACAGCAAUCGACUCCGCGUGACUUAUCCACUAGUUCGGAGUCGACAUACAACUACCCCAGCGUACCGCGGCAGAAGGCGUUGGAGCCCAUCAUUUCCACUCCACAGAUUGCUAUUCGAGAUAACAAUGCCGAACGCCGUGCGCCUCCAAUAUUGCCGCCAAAACAACGUAUUGAGCCAAGUCAGGCUUUGCUUGUUGACGGUGCGAUAGCAUCAAAGCUUCCGCCCAUCCCAUCAAAAGUUUCCCAGGGGCCUCAGUUGCCUGAGAAAGUUCGAUCCUCUGAGGAUACGAUAUCUGCGAAACCAGAUCUGGACCCCGCCAGUUACACAUUCAAGCCAUCUGCCUACUUGGAAAAUGGCACUCCUUUGCGCUCAGUAUUCCUUCCCGCCAGUUUGCGUGCCCGGUUCCUUUCCCUGGCAGCAUCGAACACUAAGAACAAUCUUGAAACCUGUGGUAUUCUGUGUGGUACUCUAGUUUCCAAUGCACUGUUCAUCUCGCGACUCGUCAUCCCAGAACAGAUCGCGACGUCUGACACUUGCGAGACCACAAACGAGUCCGCCUUGUUCGACUACUGCGACUCGGAAGAUUUGAUCAUGCUAGGCUGGAUCCAUACCCAUCCCACCCAGACAUGCUUCAUGAGCUCGCGCGAUCUCCACACUCACUCUGGCUACCAGGUUAUGCUCCCCGAAAGCAUUGCCAUUGUCUGCGCGCCUAGCAAGAACCCAGAUUGGGGCGUUUUUCGUCUGACCGAUCCUCCGGGUCUAAAGACGGUUCUGAACUGUACUCAGAAGGGCCUCUUCCACCCUCAUGCAGAGGAGAAUAUCUACACGGGAGCUUUGCGACCAGGCCACGUCUUCGAAGUCAAUGGACUGGAGUAUGAAACUGUGGAUUUACGUCCGAAGGGGCAACGGAAUUGA